GCAAUAUAUAAAUUGUUGUUCAAGUAUUUGGUCUUAUCAGAAUUAUACCGACUGAGGCACAAUGAAUCUGUAUCUUACUUCCGGUCUUGUUUUGAUGACAUUGGCAAAGUGUUGUUUCAUGCUGGAGCAGGUACAGGUGACAAUGGAAGAAGAAGUGGAUAUCUGCUCCCUUCCCUAUGUUAAAGGGCCAUGCAAAGCUAAUUUUGAGAGAUGGUACUACGAUGGAGAAACAUGCACUACAUUUCAAUACGGAGGAUGUAAAGGGAACAAUAAUAAUUUUCUGUCGGAACACGAAUGCUCUGUGCGAUGUCCGAUUGACUGCCUUGCACCAGCCAAAAAGGGCCAAUGCAAAGCAAAACUUGAGCGAUUUUACUACGAUGCCUACAUGAGCGAAUGUAUCAAGUUUGAAUACGGUGGAUGCAACGGAAAUACGAAUAACUUUCGUUCAAUCGAGCAGUGCAUGGAUGCAUGUCAAAAGAAAUAAUCGAUAUAUUCGUACUCUUGAACUUUCUAAUUUCUUUAUUCGCUGAAGAUGGAUGAAGAUAAAUUACAGAUACGACGUUUCUCUCUCUCUCUCUUCAAUAAAACAAUCAAUUUUGAAAUUUAUUCAUCACCCUUCAACUUGUAAUACAUUUUUGCCUUUAAAGUGAUAUAGUUUCCAAUACAUUUGCUGGAUAUGGACAACAAUUGUGAGCUCAAAAAUGAAAUUUACAUCAUAAGUCAACCUAAAAUUACGCUUCCACUUCGUUCACUGUAUUUUUAUUCCAUAAUUUACAUGCUAGACAGUCGACUGUUAUUGACUUAUUGACUCUGUAAUCGUUCAGAUUGUAAUGAAAACCUCAAUAUUGUACUUUUAUUUGUGUGACAAAUAUACAUCGGUCAUGAAAACGG